CACAUCAUGACCAAAAAUCUGAAAAAAAGGAAAAACGUGAAAGGAAUAUCACACUACAAAAUCGCAAUCGUCCGAGUGGCCAGGCCAUAUUUCUUGCCCAAUCCAACUGAUUGAUUGUCGCCAUAUUUGGAUAACCACACGACCAUUUCCCACAUUCCCUUUCCGUUAAAUUAAGCAAGUUUUUACCCUUUUCUCUCUCUCUCUCUUCAACCGAACAAUAAUUUCCCAAAAUCACCCAAUUCUGUCCCAAUUCCUUCCGCUGGAUGCUAUCCUCUCAACAGAUUCAUCAUGAUUUUUUUAAGUUAGUCAAGGGUUCUUUAUUGUAACCCAUCAUUACAUUUGAUCCUGAGAGAAAGAAUCUUGGAGUGCCCUUGUAAAUUUCAAUCUUUUUGUUUAAAUUCUUCCAUCUAUAGAUAAGUAGAUAACUCUUCUUGCGGAUUGUGAGCCAACAUGGGUGAUACCGAUGGUAAAGACGAGAAGCAUGAAGCACCACCAUCUGGAUCUGCAGUUCGCGACGAUGCAUCCGAAUCCUCUUGUUAUGCAACGGAAGACGAUGAAGAAACCCAAAUACAUUUGGGUCCCAAAAUUAGCAUCAAAGAACACCUCGAAAAGGAUAAGGAUGAUGAGAGUUUGAGGAGGUGGAAAGAGCAGUUGCUUGGAAGCGUUGAUGUCAGUCAGGCCGAAGAAGUUCAAGAACCUGAUGUGAAAAUUCUAAGCCUUACAAUAAUUUCUGCUGGAAGAGACGAUAUUGUCCUUCAAAUCCCCGAAUCUGGGAACCAAAAAGGCCUUUGGUUCACCUUAAAAGAAGGAAGCAAAUACAAUCUAAAAUUCUCAAUCAAGGUCAGCAACGACAUAGUUUGUGGGCUUAAAUACACCAACACCGUGUGGAAAACCGGGAUCAAGGUUGACAGCUCAAAAGAAAUGCUCGGGACUUUCAGCCCACAAGCUGAGCCUUACACACAUGUCAUGCCCGAAGAGGUUACCCCUUCGGGGAUGUUUGCUAGAGGAUCUUAUUCUGCAAAAACAAAGUUUGUUGAUGAUGAUAACAAGUGUUACUUGGAGCUUAACUACACUUUUGACAUCCAGAAAGACUGGCCCAAAUCCUAAUUGGGAAGUUUUUUGAUGGCUAUAAUGGAAUUUGGUUCUUGGAGAUUUAUGGUUUCUUUUAAGUUAUGCUUUAUACAAGAGGUGCAAAGUGCAAACAACCGAUUUUUGUUUCCAUUUGUUUUGUUUGAUUCAUUCAAGAUGUGUAGCCCUGUUUUCCGAAACCUUGGUUUCGGGUAAUGACAGUUGUCUAAUGCUUUUUCAGUUUCUUCUUUAUAUCAUUUGGUGACUUAACAAUUUUUCUUGCUCCUAAAAGUCGGAUCGGGU